AUGCAGGCUUUACUCGAUGAGGUUUCUGUUGGGCUAAUAGAUGAAUUUUGCGUUCUCUGCAAUGUGUGGCUUGCAGGUAAUGUGGCACAGCACACACAUGGAAAGAAACAUGUGAAGUGGAACGAAACCGCACAGGCAGUCUUUCGUCAGACGGCACCGGCAGCUUGUGUUUUGGUGGCUGCACUUCUUUGCCAUGAAUUGGAGUGCGAGGUGCGGGAUCACUACUGCCUCUGUUGCCGCCAGCAUGUGGGUGAAAAAUUUUUCCAGGCCAUACAGCACCUUAAUAGCAGCGGGCACCGUCGAAAGAAGGAAUCGCCGGCGCUAUUUGUCUCCACCGUGAUACGCGAGGGACUGCCUCAUGGGGAUGGCUUUGUCCAGGAUAUAUUUUGCUCCAUUUGUCUCUGUGUGGUUCCCAUGCAGCAGGAGAAGCACCGUCUUUCAAAGCGGCAUCAGCGGAACCUGCGGGUGGCAACAUCUUCCGCCUCACAAAUGGAAGCAGCAAAAGUAAGGCGGGAGAUGUGGACUGAGCUGCUUCAGCCUAUGCACGGUAAUGUUUGCUGCUCCUGUGCCGAAUACGUCGCUGUAGAGGAUAUCAUGCAGCAUUUUACUUCAGCACAACACAAGAAAGCACAUGCCGCAGCACAGGGCACGAAGCACAAGGAAGGGAUGACAAGCUUGCGAAGCCUCCUUGAAAGUGCAAAAGAGUACACCGCGGACGGUUACUGUUCAGUGUGCGAUGUCACGGUGAGGAGCUCCAUGAGGGCUCAUCACACACAGGGGAAGCGUCACAAUAUGGAACUUCUGAGGGCACAUUGCGAGCCUAACAGGCAGCUACGGUUAUGGAAGGAACGAUUCAACAUCGCUGUAGAGAAGAAACGCGAGCGUCUAGUGAAUGCUGACAAAAAAGCUUCCACGGUCGAGGUGCCGUCGGAUCCGCUCGAUGCUUUGAUAUCGCAUGAUACGCAUGUUGACAAAACACCUGGGACAUACCAGUCUCAAGCAUCGGAGUCCUUUCCUCUCGUUGAUACCCCACUGCUUUUUUUCUUUCUCAAAGGAUGCUGCAUCCUUUGUAACUGCAGUGUGGCACCUCAAUCGACGAGGCUGGUGGCGACGCCUGUCUGCAAAGAGCACUGCCUAUCCUCAAGGCAUCAAGAGGCUCUUCGUGACUUUGUUUUUCUGCAAAGGAAAGUGGAGCUGGAGGAUGCAGCAACCGCUUGGGCGGCGCGCUGGUACGCGGCGGCGUUUGGCGUCCUACGCGAGGAGUGCGCCUGCUGGCGCGAAUGCGCCGAAGGCUUGGGCCUUCACACACACGACGAUUUUCUGAAGUUACUCGAAGACAACUUUCGUAUAGAUGCAUUUUUGGAGGCCGUCUGUGCGCUACGGCCAGCUCAAUGA